UUAUAUUUUUCUGGGCCAGGCCACAUAAAGACAAGCCACUGCGGACAGCGGCUCAAAAUGAUUAUAAACUGGAAGCGCCUGUCCAACAUAGUGCGCUAUACAGUGGCCUAUGCUGCGAUAACCCAUUGCACAUUUGAGUACAUUGGCGACUUUGUACUGUGCAAAGGACCCUCGAUGGAGCCGACUCUCUUCACGGACAACGUUCUGGUGACCGAACGGCUUACGAAGCACUGGCGCGGCUACAAGCCCGGCGACAUUAUCAUUGCCGUCUCGCCGACCAAUUCCAAGCAGUGUGUCUGCAAGCGUGUGGUGGCCGUCUCCGGCCAGGAGGUGCACAUAGCCCAGCCCUGUUCGGUUGCCAACAAGACCAAACCAGCCAUGAUAAAGUCCUAUGUGCCGCGCGGCCACAUUUGGAUUGAGGGCGACAACAAGGACAACAGCUGCGACUCCCGCGACUAUGGCCCCAUUCCCGUUGGUCUUAUCCGCAGCCGUGUGGUCUACCGUGUUUGGCCGCUGGCCGACGCCUGUGGCGAACUGUAGGAUCAUCUGUAGAUCUGUAGUACAUCUUCUGUUCUGCCAAGCUUAUUUUUAUUUGUAAUGCGAUGAUGUACCCUUACAAAGGGUAUGGAAAUUGUUUAGAGACUGUUAAAAAGAAUAUAUAUUUACGAAACGAA